UCCGCGGCGGCGCCCCGUGGCCGCGCUGGGAGGCGUGCGCAGGUGCCUCCGCCCGCGUUUUGUCCGCGCGCGCUCUCCGGGGGCGCGCGUUCUCCGGCGUCCUGGCUGCCCCGGCCGUGGCCGUCAGGGCGGUGGCCUGGCUGCUCCUCUGGGAGGCGGCUGGGCUGCCCCGCUCGCCCGCCGCAGCCGUCAGCCCCGCGCCGCCCGGCGCCGAGACCUGUUAACAAAAGUGAAAUUUGGAGAAAGCAUUGAGGACUUACAGACCUGCCGACUCUUAAUUAAACAGUACAUCCCGACAGGACUUUUUGUGGAUCCAUAUGAGUUGGCUUCAUUACGAGAGAGAAACAUAACAGAGGCAGUGAUGAUUUCAGAAAAUUUUAACAUAGAAGCUCCCAACUAUUUGUCCAAGGAAUCUGAAAUUCUCAUUUAUGCCAGACAAGAUUCCCAGUGCGUUGAUUGUUUCCAAGGUUUUUUGCCUGUGCACUAUCGUUAUCAUCGGCCACAUAGUAAAGAUGGAGAAACCUUUAUUGUGGUCAAUAACCCUGAUUUAUUGAUGUAUUGUGACCAAGAGUUUCCAAUUUUGAAAUGCUGGGCUCAGUCGCAAGUGACAGCUCCUUGUGCUCUGAACAGUAAGGAUAUCUGCCAGUGGAACAAUAUGAAAUAUAAAUCAGUGUACAAGAAUGUGACCCUGCAGGUUCCGGUGGGACUGACCAUACACACCUCUUUAGUGUGUUCUGUGACUCUGCUCAUUACCAUCUUGUGUUCUACUUUGAUCCUUGUGGCUGUUUUCAAAUAUGGCCAUUUUUCCCUAUGAGUUUUAUGCAGUCGAUUGCUUUCCAUAAACCUAAAUGAGACCUAUUCAUUUAUGACUAGAAGUGUUCUAGAAUUAUGUCAUUACUGUUGUCUUUCAUCUUCAUUUAUGGCUAAUAUGUUUACUAGAGGGAAUUCUGGAUUAUUCUCAACUAAUUUCAAAAUUCAGUGCUCUGUUGUGUAGACCUCUCAUAAUCUACAAGCAUCAAGUGCCAAUAGAAGAAACCUAAUUUUGUUAAAUUAAUAUUUAUUUUGUGAAAAGUGACUUUAUCUUCAUUUGGGUUAUAAAUGACUACUUUAUGUAUUAGAGACAAAUUAUUGCUAAUUGAGAAAGUUGUUAUGAAUAAGAUUAAUUUGGAUGAAUCAGAGUUUAUUUAAAUGUUAAUUUUAUGAGAAUAUUAAUUUAUCUGGGGUUUCAAAGAAAAUCAUUAAAGUAGUACAGCUAACAAGUUAUAAGUAUCAAAACUGAUUAUUCCUUUAAGCACUUCCGUUCUCCUUUUACAUUUUAUAGUACUGCUUUUGAAUUUAUGAAUUGGCAAAGGGCUUGAUGAAAUUAAGUACUGAGAUUAAAGAGUAUAUUUUACUAAGUUGUACAGUUACAAAGUUUUUUGAAUCUUCUGGUGAUUUUUUAAAAAACAAAAGGUCUUGAUUUAUUGUUUUUCUUUGGAAAAAAUUAGAAAAUAAAGUAAAUGCCAUAAGCUAAUUAAAAAAUAAAAGGGGAAGCAUGUUCCAAAACAGAAGCCAAUAAA